CUUCACGGGAAGGAAGCACGUUUUGUGAAUCAGUGAGAAAAGAGCCGGCAAAAAGGUAGAAGCCAAGGAGCUAAAGAAGAAGUUUUCUAACAGUUGGUUCGACUAACUACACACUAAAUACAGAAGCCAUGCCUGCAGACAUUAACAAAGGAAAGAAGGCAUUCGUCCAAAAGUGUGCCCAGUGUCAUACUGUGGAAGAGGGUGGAAAACACAAGGUUGGACCCAAUCUGUGGGGUUUGUUUGGACGCAAAACAGGCCAAGCAGAGGGCUACUCCUAUACUGAUGCCAACAAAAGCAAAGGCAUUGUCUGGAAUGAGGACACCCUGAUGAUUUAUCUGGAGAACCCCAAGAAGUACAUUCCAGGAACAAAGAUGAUCUUCGCUGGCAUCAAAAAGAAGAAUGAGCGUACUGACCUCAUAGCAUAUCUGAAGUCUGCAACUUCAUAAAGAACUCUACAUUUGCCAAUUUUGUGUCUUGACAAACUGCUCAAGAGGCCAGGGAUCUUCAUUUUAUCAAAACUCAGGCAGAACUGCAGGCAAUCUAGCAGUAGUGGAGCCAGCACUAUAACUUGCCACAUUUGUCACAGCUCUUCUGUUUCUGACAUGAUCCUUCUCUUUGGUGGAGUGAAUGAUAUCCCCUGGUUUUAACAGGUUCUUUUUCUUACAUAAAUUAUUAAACCAUUUACUGUGUAUUCAGAAUGUAGGGACUGAAAGCUGUUUUUUUGUUUUUGUUUUUGUUUUCUAGAUUACUGUUAUCGAGUAUUUUUUGUUCUCUCUGUAGAUUCUUGGUCAAUAACUAAGUAGUGUUCGUGAUUGUUCCAGUAAUGAAUAUGCCUUUUCUGCUUUUGAGUUAAUGAUACACUCAAAGUCUCUAAUUGUCACUGUUGAAAUUUCAAGUUUAAUAAUACUGACACUAUACACCAUUUUUAAAAUUUCUUAAGAAUCUGUUUGACUUAAUGUAUCCAAAAGUGAAUACUUGUUCAGUAUUGAGUUUUCUUAAAGAAAAGUGGUUAAAUACACAAUGUGGAUUUUGUUGUCAAUUAAGGCUAAUGAACCUAAUUGGAGUGAUAUACGUAGUCUUAAACAUCUGGCUGUUGCCAUAGGGUGUGCAGCUCUAAGAUUUACCUCAAGGGAUUUGAUAAGCGUGAAGUGGCUUGGUUUGUCCCUUGCAUUUUGCAAUACAUGUAUAAAACCUCAACAUUGGAAUACUGCAGGUGUGAUGUGUGUUAUGUUGCAAAUGUUUGGGUAAUUUAUGGAAGCGUAACUUCUUGCCCUAAAUGAAGUGCCUUGCAGUUUGUAGUUUUAAAGAGUCUGAGUUUGAGUUGUUCUCCACACCUGUUGCAUGUUUUUGUAGUAGGUUGGUGUGACCUCUGAAAAAAUGGAGAAACUUUGCAUGUGAAUCAGUUGUCUUGACAGGCUGCUAGUUAUUGAAUGCAUUUGGAUCAUUGCAUGUUCAUACAUUAAAGGGAGUGAAGGUG